UGUCGAAAGGAGUUUGCCGCCGGUUGGCUGGGGAAGCGGCGGCGAAGAGGCUGGUCGGGGUACUUGGGAUGCGAUCUUCCAGCAUGGGCGCUCCGGUGAGCCGGGUUUGAAGAGCCCUGCCCUUUCCUCGCUUUCCAUCGGAAUUGAGAUCUCGCGCUACAGCCCUGGUGACGAUGGUCCCAGAACGGAGUGAAGUUGCUUGGACUCCGGCAGGCAAAGGCAAAGACAAAGAAUCCUUUGAAGCUCUGUAUAAGCGAGGCAGCUUGUUGGGCAAGGGUGGCUUUGGUAUGGUGUAUGCUGGCCACAGGAUUGCUGAUGGGCUGCAGGUUGCAAUCAAACAUGUUGCCAGGAACAAGGUUGCAGAGUGGGCAGAGCUGCCCAAUGGGACGGUGGCGCCUCUGGAGGUGGCACUGAUGAAGCUUGUGUGCUCAGGGACUGGGCAUCAUGGUGUGAUUCGGCUCUUGGACUGGUACGAAGCUCCUGAAGGCUUCUUCCUGGUGCUGGAGAGGCCUGAGCACUGUCAGGAUCUCUUUGACUUUGUGACUGAGCAGGGGCCUCUCCCUGAGAAGCUCUGCCGCCAGUUCUUCCGCCAGGUGGUGGAAGCAGUAUGCCACUGCCACGAAAAGGGGGUGGUGCAUCGGGACAUCAAGGACGAGAAUAUCCUGGUGGACGUGCGCACUGGCAACCUGAAGCUGAUUGACUUUGGUUCUGGGGCCUUGCUGAGGGAUUCCGUCUACACAGAGUUUGACGGCACACAUGUUUACAGCCCACCAGAGUGGGUGGAAUCCCAGCAGUACCGUGCUCUCCCAGCAACCAUCUGGUCACUGGGGAUCCUGCUCUAUGACAUGGUGUGUGGUGACAUCCCCUUUGAACGGGACGAGGAGAUUGUGGCUGCACGGGUGGAGUUCCACACCCCUGUCUCUGUUGACUGCCAAGAUCUCAUCCGAUGGUGCUUAUCUCCAGAAGCUUCUGAACGGCCAACACUGGAGCAAGUGCUCUUGCACUCUUGGCUGAAGCUUGACCCUCUUCUUCAGCCUGAAGAAUCACAGAGCCUAGCAAGCCCUCGGGCCAUAGCUUGCAACAGCAGCGGCUGAGAGACUUAAAACCCAUUUUUCUGUCUCUUCCCCCUCUGAGAUGGGGAGGGUGGUGCUAAUGGUACCAACUGAACCUUAGGCAGCCAGGCUUGGUCAUUGGCUGAGAAAGAGUUAACCUGGUUCUACAGGUGUUUUUUGUUUUUGUUUACAAACUGAACUAAGGGACAAGAGGUUCCUCUUGUCUAGAACCCAGAUGCUGAAAUGCAAAGUUCUCUCAACUGCCCAAAUUAUGUUUGAAUUCUGGCCUGCCCAGGGAUCAGACAUGUUUGUUUAUGUAAAUACUUGUGUAUUGCUAUUUGCCAGCCUUUUCGGGAGAAGAUGAUUCUGGGGUAGCAUUCUGCUGCCCUAACUCUGUGUUGGUGGUGUUUCUUUCAAAGGAAUGUUUGCAGAGAAUAUCCAUUCAACAAAAUCUGAAUGGAAAUUAUUUAAUAAAAAUAAGACCUUCUGAAAAUGAA